CUCUGAUGGGGAAAAGUGAGAACUGCAAUACUGUAAAUUCGCCCGUGCUACGUCACGCGGCCAGCUUCCUUCCAAUUGGCCGCCCGGCUCGGAUCACAUGACCACCCCUACUCUCACGGUCCUGUUUGUAGCUAAGUCGGCACUUCAGCUGCGCGGUGAAUGGGCUUCUUCCUAUGUUUGGGUUUGUUUGUUUUUUUUGCAUUUAAAAAUGAAACAAUUACCUUAAAUGUUAUUGUGUGUAGAGAACGGACGUCGACGCUGUGAUUUGCGGGAUUUUACUUAACCUGGACGCAUGAUAACAGCUGGAGCCAAAACUCUUGACUCACUCGUUCCGCUGCAGAGAUAGAAACAAGCUCUUCUUUGUCUCCUGCCACCGGUUGUAAUUUGAUGCACAGCUCCAGCACACUUUGCAGAGCAAACAGCUGCAAAGCAUCAUCUGACCUGAGCUCACAGGACUGAUGCCAAAUCAGAUGUCAUUUUGUCUGUGAACAUGAAGAUGGACAUCACUUACAAUCAGCUGUUGGAUGUGGAGUGGAGGAGAGAAGAAAAAAGAAAAGCACCGCUGUAUUCCAGGUGUGUGAUAGCUCUGGCCACCGUAGCUACCUUGCUGCUGGCUGCCACGGCCGUCUAUAACUUCCUGACACCGAGGGUCCUCUCCUCCCAUCCUGCCCCGAGCAGCAGCCUCCGUCUGCCCCAGGCCGAGUCCUGCUCCGACCCCUGCAAGAUUGUUCUGUUGGAGAGCAUCCCCGAAGGGCUGGAGUUUAACUCCAGCACCACUCACCCCUCCAUCUUCCAGGCGUGGCUCAAUCUGCUGGGCGAGGCGCGCAGCAGUCUCGACAUCGCCUCCUUCUACUGGACGCUCACUAACAAAGACACCGGCACUCACGAGCCGACAGCCCAUCAGGGUGAGACCAUUCUGAGGAAACUAGCUGAACUCUCAGGGAAGUUGUCUGUUCGUAUCGCAGUCAACACGCCACAGGAGAGUCAACCUCAAGAGGACCUCAGGCUGCUCAACGACUCAGGAGCUGCUAUCAGGACACUUAACAUGAGAGAGCUCACCUCAGGCGUCCUUCACACCAAGUUCUGGGUUGUGGACAAGAAGCACAUAUACAUUGGCAGUGCCAACAUGGACUGGAGGUCCCUCACACAGGUGAAGGAGCUGGGUGCGGUGGUCUACAACUGCAGCUGUUUGGCUGCAGACCUGGGGAAGAUCUUUGAGGCCUAUUGGUUCCUGGGGGAGAGUCAGUCGAUCCCAUCACCGUGGCCCACCAGCUUCUCCACCCUCUACAACAUGGACACACCUCUCCAGCUGCCACUCAACAACACGCCGUCCGACGUUUAUCUGUCGAGUUCCCCUCCGUCCUUCUGUGCAACCGGCAGGACUCCAGACCUUCAGUCCAUCCUCAGUGUGAUGGAGGAUGCCCAGAGCUUCAUCUACAUCGCUGUCAUGAACUACCUGCCCACCAUGGAGUUUUCACAUCCUAAAAGGUACUGGGCAGACAUCGACACCCAGCUGAGGAGAGUGGCGUACGAGAAGCGGGUCGAAGUGCGCCUGCUGAUCAGCUGCUGGGCCAGCACCCAGCCAGUCAUGUUCUCUUUCCUGAAGUCUCUGGCCUCAGUUUACGACCCCAAGAGCAAACUAAACAUCCAGGUGAGGCUGUUUGUGGUGCCUGCCAGCCCCAAGCAGAAGGAGAUUCCCUUUGCCAGAGUCAACCACAACAAGUACAUGGUGACUGACAAAAUAGCUUACAUAGGUACAUCUAACUGGUCAGGUGACUACUUUGUGAGCACAGCUGGCUCAGCUUUGGUUGUCAACCAGACUUCAUCCCAGUCCCCGGAGCCAACCGUCCAAUCACAGCUGAAGGCUGUGUUUGAGAGGGACUGGAGCUCUGACUACAGCACUCCUCUCACCCAAAACUCAAACCUCAAAGACUUCUGUUAGUUUCAGCAGCCAGUAUUAAAAAAAACAACACAUCAGUCUACAUAACUGCACCACAGUCGGGAACUUCUGUUCAACACAUAUUACAGCGCUAUAGUUGCACAUUUAUUUUGGUUUUCAAAUUCUCAUGCGCCGGCUCAGUUGCUCCGGUCAGCCGAAACAAUUGUUCACACAGUGGACAUGGAAACUCCUGAGAGUUUCCCUGUUUGCUCAGGUCCAAAGGAAGAGAGUCACCCUCCAGUACACUUGGCUUAUCGCAGCUCUAGUUCCAAACUCCGACUUGAGAGUAAUGUGCCAUCAAACCACUUAACUGCUUGGUGCUGCCAGUCUUACACUGUCAAGAGUUGUUCGAGGGUAGCUGAUUUUUUUUUCUUUUCUUUUUUUUUUUUCUUAAAGGCAAGAAUGUCUUUGCAUCUGUUCUAUCAAAGCUGGCGUGGGAUUUCAAACUACAUGUUUGCAAAAUAAGCUGGAUAAAAUUUACUGUUACUCUGCCGUAACAUCGGAUCAGUGCAAAACACGGGUUCCCAGGCAGAAGGUACUGUGACAUGUUACCGGCAUUGACAAACAGUGAACAGGCAGUGUUACCUUUUUUACAAACAACUUUAACAGAUGCAUGUACAUUUAACUUUUAAGUAGUUUAAUCAUGUGGUUGUGUCAGGUAGUGCUGGUAACACUAGGGGGCGCUGUGUAAUCUUUCCAUUCAGGUCGGUGUCAUGCGCAGGCACAGUGACGUUUUCAUCUGGCUCCCAUACUCACUUAUGCUCAGUGAUCUAUUCAUUGGUCACUUGUUUUAAAGCGUAAUAACAAUUCAUUUUCUUUCAUACAACUUCAGCCUCUGCGGGAGAUUUUUAUUCAGGCUCAUCUCAGGGAGCAAAGAUUGUGCUUUUUCUUAAUGGAUCAUUUUAGUUUGCUGGAAUCUGGAACAAUGAAUGCACAAACUGGUGUGCUGUGCCUGUUCUGUAAAUAAGAUGGGCCUUUUAAAAUCCACUCUCAGUUGUAAAAUAAAUUCAUGUAAUACCAAAGCCGGCAGUGCGCACAAAAGACUGGAAGAACAAAUUUAAUUUCCACUGUGUGGAGCGACUAGAACCACUAAAUAGUGAAGGGAUGGUUAUUAUGGCAACUGUCCAAAGAAGCAUGUUUACUAGUAAGAGCAUGCUUAUAAAAAAAAAAAAAGCUCUUGAGCAGUUAUGUACACGUGAUUAUCUCCUUCCUCCUUAUGAAGAAAUGACUCUCAAUAAAUGUCUUUCAUUCAAUCAAAUCUGUUCCAGCCUGUUUUAAGUUCGUCAUGUGCUCCCUGACACUCAUAUAUUCAGUUACUUUAAAAGUGCCUGUUCAGGGCUCAGGAGAAGAAAAAAAAAAAAUUACAUGGCACGGGGGAUUUUAUCCCAGUCUGUUAUCGAUUUGCUAGCAAAAAGCCUUUGCAUAACUUGUUAAGAUCAGAGCUCGAUCAGUGUCUCAGGCACCUUCACAUGGUUGUAUGAUGUUAAAGAGUCAAGAGAUGGCUUAAUUCACCUCAUACUCUCCUCACGAGUUCAGGGCGUUCUGUUCGCCCUUACACAUCCGAAUGUAUGACACGUGCAUCCAAGGGCCAACUGAACACGAUUAAAAGAACAUACAAUGAAGUUCGUAGUCAUUUUGCAUCUCUUUCAGUCUGGGGGUCUUUCUAUACAGUCGCCUCAGAGAGUAUUCAGACCCCUUCACUUUUUGCACAUUUUGUGUUGUAGAUUAAAAUUUGCCAUUCUUGCCACCAAUCUACACUCAAUAACACAUUUAACAAAAUGAAAAGAUGUUUAUAGAAUUGUUUGCAAAUCUAUUAAAAACGAAAAACUGAAAUCCCUCAUUUACAAAAGUAUUCCGACCCUUAAUUCAGUCUCUGUAGAAGCACCUCUGGCAGCAGUUACAGCUUCUAGUCUUCAUGGGCAAGUCUCUACAAGGUUUUUUACAGCUGGAUUUGAGCAGUAUAUCCCAUUCUUCCUGGCAGACCCUAUCGAGCCCCCGUCAGAUUGGAUGGGAAGUGGCCGUGAACGGCCAUCUUCGGGUCUCUCCACAGAUGAUCUAUGGGGUUUCAUUCUAGGCUUGGGCUGGGCCACCCAAGCAGAGUCAGAGACCUGUCCGUUGUCUUGGCUGUAUGCUUUGGGUUAUUGUCGUGCUUACAGGUGAACCGUCGCCCCAGUCUCGGGUGACGAGCACUCUGAAGCAGGUUUUCUUCAUGGACCUCUCUUCCUUUGGCUGCAUUAGUCUUUCCCUCAUGUCUGACCGGUCUCCCUGUCCCUGCCGCUGAGAAGCACCUCCGUAGCAUGAUGCUGCCACCACCGCGCUUCACCGCGGGGAUGGUGUUGAGUAGUUCUUGGUGUUCGCCCGACAUAGUGUUCGGGGUUGCGCCAAAAGAGUUUAUUUGUUGUCUCAUCAGACCAGAAAAUCCUUUUCCUCAUGCUCUCAGAGUCCAUGAAAUGCUCUUUGGCAAACUCCAAGCGAGCUGUCAUGCGCCUCUUACUCAAAGUGGCUUCCAUCUGGCCACUAUACCAUAAAGACCUGAUUGUUGGAGUGCUGCUGAGAUGAUCGUCCUUCUGGCAGAUUCUCCCAUCCCUGCAAAGGACUUCUGAAGCUCUGUUAAGAGUGACCGCCGGGCUCCUGGUCCCCUCCCUGACCGAAGCCUUUCUUGCCCGGUCGCUCAGUUUGGCUGGACAGCUAAGUGCGGGAAGAGUCCCGGUGGUUCCAAACUUCUUCCAUUUCACAAUUAAUGAGGCCACUGUGCUCCUGGGAAAACUCAAAGCUUUAUUAUUGGUUGUAUACCUUUGCCUGAUAUGCAGUGUGAAUUGUGAACCCUUCGUAAUUGUAUCCAAUCGGUUCAGUUUGCCACAGGCGGACUCCGACCACGUUCCAGACACGUCUCAAGCAUAAUCAAAGCAAACAGGAUGCACCUGACCACAAUUUGGAGAACCAGGGCAAAGGGGCGGAACACUUCUGUGUGUAGAUUUUGAUUUGUAAUACAUCUGAAAAAAAUUCUCAAAACAUGUUUUCCAUUAGUGGUUAUGGGCUACUGAGUCUAGAUUGUGGGGCAAAAAAAUUCCAUUCUAUCCAUUUAAAAUGAAAUCUACAACACAGUGAAGUGAGCAAAAAGUGAAGGGGUCUUAACACUUUCUGAGGCCAAGGUAAGUAGGAAGGGCGAGGGACCUUUUGGGCUGCGUGUCACACAAGUGUCCCCACUUGGAUAAAUAACAGCAUGAACUACAGCUGAAAACCUCCCUUCGAGGCUGAACAGUCUAUUAAUGAGCCAUACUGCUUAUUGCUCUAAAAUGAAGAGCCACUAUCGCUGGUAUUAUUAUUAUUCCUCCGACAGUAACCGGGGCAGCUGGACUGUCCUCUGGCCGCCUGCUGUGAUGAUGUUUCCGCUGUUGAGCUGUCAGGUUGCCCCCAGACAACGCUACAAGAGACCUGCUGCGCUCUUCCGUCUCCACGCGUUCCUAUAAGCCUCCAUCUGCGCACAGGGGCGCGGAGGGGGGGAGCGUCGGCGGCACCAGGACCGGGCAGCAGCCUGGACAUGGCGGCACGCAGCCCCGCUUAUCGCGGCUGAACCGGAGAGGCUGUUUGGCAGACUUUGUGCCGCAGAAUGAUUUGAUAGAACACAGUUUGGUGCCGCCUGUGAUCAUGGACGAGCCGCAUUCGUUUGCAUUUCUUCCUGCGCGCAGUUGCUGCUGCUGGCGUUAAGGUGCGAAAGAACCGGGACUUUCUGCGGGCGAGGCUGCAAAGUUUCCAGUCCGAGCUCCCAACCGGCGCCGCUGUGUCAGAGGAACGAAGGUAUGUGAAUAUGGGACCAAGGUCCCCCAAGUCCAAGGGAAUUAAAAACGUUUUUUCUGAUCAGAACUUCUCUUUCAAUCCCGUUUCUUGCGCGUCUUUCUCCGACUCCCCGUCAAGUUUGUUGGCUGUGGAUUAAAGCAGCAGCAAGUCCCACUGUACCAUCUAUGUAGUGUAACUUACAGUUGACCUUGGCUACGUCCAGCUCUUGAAGGCUGUUAUUAGACAUACAGCAUAUAGAUCCCAAAGAGUGAACAAAAGCGCACAUGUUGCAUCCACUUAGUGGAAAGUCCGAGCGAUAAUCAGAGUUUUACAGUUGACUCACUGGUCAGUUUUACACUCCAUUGACCCCCCCCGCAGGCCUCACACAGUCGCCCUGCACCCUGCUGUUUUAGUGGGGGGAGGUCGGUCGUCUCUCAAACUGCUGCCUCCAUCCGCACGGCCCGAGGCCCCGCCGAUGUCCCCUGUGUCCCGCUGCUCUGGGCCAAGGUGCCGCGGGUUCCUACGUCUGCCUUUUCUGCUCUCAACCCUGCUCCCUGCGCUCCGUCCCCUUCACGCUUUCAUGUCAAGAAACCUUUGAGGGUUUUGAAAGAACUGGGGUCUCUUUAUUCUCCGGGAGGAAAACCUGGGGGUCUCGCCUUGGCCCACCAGUCGCUUCAGUUACCCGUGUUCCUUUUUUAAAAGUGCAAUAAUCCAUCAUUUUGUCGAGAGAGGUGAAUGACUACAUUCUCCACACAUGUUUUGAAGAGACAGAUAUUUGAUUUAGUUGAACAUUAAUUUUAUUUAUUUUUUUUCAACUUUUAAAAAAACAUUGCGAUUCAACAUUGAGUUCAAAUGGAAUUCUGUAAAUGGGAAUUUUAGCCAUGUGGAAACAAUUCAUUGUAUAUCAUUUAUCAUGUUAUGUUCAUGUUUUCCAUUUUAUGUAAAUGCGUUUGCUGUGCACUUUUGUCUUCAUUCAGUCAAUCAAUCAAGACACCAAUUAAACAAUCAAUCACAACA